AUAGCGCUUAAAAGUCAAAAGUGGGCCAAGCUAUCAUUUCACUCUUUCGCUCACCUCCACUCAACUCUUCGGUACUGAAAUUGUGGCCUUCCAUUUUCACACCUCGUUUCCACGCUUCUUUUUUUAUCGUUGCUUUCCAUUUUGUUCUCAGCACCCGAUUUUCAAACCCUUUGGCUGAGUUUUUCUUCCGUUUCUAGAUUUGGAGGCACAAAGCCCAGCUUUUUACACGCAGAAGAAGCUGCCAGAGUUUACUAUGAGUAUCAGAGUCAUGGGAGUUUCCUACAUGCUCAUCUAUGGAAGGAUCUAAAUAGUCUUAUCUAUAUCUAUUGGCGGAUUGGUAAUUUGGGGUUCAACUGUUAAGUAGACGAAACCCUCUUAAGGUUAGGACUUUCUUUUCCCCCUUAAUUCUGUGUUCUUAGAGGGUUGAGUGGAAUUGGUAUCAAUGGAAGCUCCGGAGAGGCAACAAAGAUCUGGUGGGAAGAAGAUGACCAAGCAGUUGACCGGAAAACGGGAUGACACGCCGCUGCAUAUGGCGGCGAGAUUGGGGAAUUUAGAAUUGAUUAAGGAGAUAUUGGCUAACGAUGGAGAUGCAGAGUUGAAGCAAUUGUUGUCCAAGCAGAACCAAUCGGGUGAAACUGCCCUAUAUGUUGCUGCUGAACACGGUUGCGUCGAUUUGGUUAAGGAGUUGAUAAAGCACUAUGACGUUGGAUUGGCUAGUACAAAAGCUAAAAAUAGCUACGAUGCAUUCCAUAUUGCUGCCAAGCAAGGGGAAUUGGAGAUAUUGAAGGUCCUCACUGAUGCCAUUCCCGAACUCUCAAUGACCGUUGAUCUAACCAACACUACUGCAUUACAUACUGCUGCAGCUCAAGGCCAUAUUGAAGUAGUAAAUUUCCUCUUGGAUAAAGGAAGCUGCUUGGCCACCAUAGCCAGAAGCAAUGGGAAAACAGCCUUGCAUUCGGCUGCGAGGCAUGGGUAUGUGGAGGUUGUCAAGGCUCUUUUGAGCAAAGAACCUGGAAUCACUACAAGAACUGAUAAGAAGGGGCAGACAGCUCUCCACAUGGCAGUUAAGGGACAGAACGUGGAGCUUGUGGAUGAGCUGGUGAAGUCAGGUCCUUCUUUGACAAACAUGAUUGAUUCCAAGGGCAACACUGCAUUACAUAUAGCAACAAGGAAGGGUCGACUGCAGAUUGUUCACAAGCUAGUAGAAUGUGAGGGCAUGGACAAGAUGGCCAUUAACAAAUCCAAAGAAACUGCUCUUGACACUGCUGAGAAAGCAGGGCACUCUGAGGUUGCCGCUAUCCUGCGAGAGCAUGGAGUUCAAAGUGCAAGCUCGAUCAAAACACCAACUGCGAACACGGCCCGAGAGCUGAAGCAAACCGUAAGCGAUAUAAAGCAUGGGGUGCAUAAUCAGCUAGAGCACACGCUGCAAACAAGAAAGCGUGUGCAAGGCAUAGCAAAGCGGCUCAACAAAAUGCACACAGAGGGGCUCAACAACGCAAUCAACUCAACCACUGUUGUUGCUGUCCUGAUUGCCACCGUUGCCUUUGCUGCCAUCUUUAACAUCCCGGGCCAAUUUGAGGAUGACCCAAAAGUGCUUCCUCCUGACUAUUCGCCCGGUGAAGCACGAGUCGCUCCCACAAAAGAGUUUAUGAUAUUCAUCAUCUUUGACUCUACAGCCCUCUUCAUAUCAUUGGCUGUGGUGGUAGUUCAAACUUCAAUUGUAGUAAUAGAGAGGAAGGCCAAAAAGCAAAUGAUGGCAGUUAUAAACAAGCUAAUGUGGUUGGCUUGUGUGCUGGUUUCAGUGGCCUAUCUUGCCUUGUCAUAUCUUGUUGUGGGAAAAAACCAUAGGGGGUUGGCUGUCGGAGUAACAGCCAUUGGGACAGUGAUCAUGGCAACUACAUUGGGAACAAUGUGUUACUGGGUGAUUGUGCACAGGAUGGAGGCUUCUAAACUGCGCAGCAUUAGGAGGUCAUCCAUGAGCAGUACUAGGUCACAAUCACGGUCUAUGUCUGCUGUAAUGUCGGAUUCCGAGAUUCUAAGCACAGUCUAUGCAAUUUGAGAGCUCCCUUAUUUUUUUCCUCGGUUUUGGAUCUUUCGAAUAUGUAUAUAUCCCAUGUAACAUAGUCUUAACCUUUUCCUAGUAAGAGAGCAUUGGAUGCUUGAACAAAGGAUGCCCAUGAUCCGAUUGUAUUUGUAUGAAUGAUCCAUAGAUCAUGCAUCGUUUCUUUUGAAGCAA